CACUUGCAGAAGGCGGGCUCGGCGACGCGCAGCAUGACCUCGGUCAAGCCGAUCGAUUCUGUGUCUGCUUCAAGCUCCGAUGGCAGCCUGUCCCGGUUACAAAAAGGUACGCUUGAUGAUGGUGCUUGGGACUUUCGCUUGAUCAAUGCACUCCCCUCUGAAGGCGCUGCCAGAAAUCAAGUGACACCUCUGGAAAAGAUCGAGGUUCACUCACGGCUACUACUACCACGCUUUGCACACAACACCUCCACGCUGUGCACGUUGGACCGGAAAAGCCCCGCACAGUCACAUCUGUCGGUCGCCGCCUUCCGGCUGAGUGGGUGCCAGGCACACACCACACCCUGCCACGAUCUUCAACGUGAACGGUCUUCAUCUUCGACUGUAACGCGCGAAGCGCUGCUGCUCUACUUGAAAACCUUACAAGAUGCCGCAACCACGCAGGACAGACUCCAAUGCGCACGGACGCAAGGCGGUCAAGGAGCUAGACGUGCUCCACGAAGGAUGGGUGCUCAAGAAGAAGCGCAAGAAGAUGCAAGGUUACGCCAAACGCUACCUGAUUCUGACCAAACAGGGCACCUUGACAUACGCACUCACACCCGAGAAGCUUACUCGAGAUGCCAUCGAGAUUCCCCACGCUAGUGUCACUAGCAGUCAGAGGCAAGGCACUCUGCAUGUGGAUAGUGGCAGCUCGGUCUUCCACAUCAAGAUGCUGAAUCCUCAGGACUUCAAUGCCUGGCGAGCGCACCUCCGAUCAUUCAUUCCAGAGCGCGAGCCUGGCUCCGCCCAGCGCAUAUAUGUGGCCUCGGAUAAUGGUUCGGACCUUCAAACAGUCGACCUCAGCCCACUGUUCACUGCCAAUGAAAAUGUCGCAAAGCUCAUUGCGGAAGUGCAAAAGAAGGUCGGAACAUUGAAGGAGAAAGGACAGCCACUUCUCAGUUCUCUUCUGCCCGUCUUCGAGGGUCAAGAUGGCAAGAUCGUCGCCGAGCUGGACUCGCUGGUGGAAUCAUUGGCCGCUGAGCACCUCAACCUGCAACAUGCACUUGAGACCAAAAUCCCGAAGGUCGGUGGGCCCGAUGGAACCAUGGACACUUUGAAGUCUCGAGUCGCUAGCUCCAGAAUGAGCAUCAGCAGUUUCCACACCACGCACACUGGUGGAGACGCGACCUUCUUCGACGCAGAUGCGGCCGCUGGAGCUGAAUUCGGCUUGGAUGAGGAUGGAGAGAAGCAAGAGAGCGCGGACAACUCACGGAUUGAGGAGUCUAGUGGAGCAGAAGACGACGAUGAUGACGAGAGCGGGGAAGACGAAGGGGACAAGAAGGCUGCCAAUACGAAGGGCAAGGCGACCGCGAACGCCUCUACCAACGGUAGCGUGCAGUACAGGAAAAAAUUGCCUGCUCCUGUUUCCGGCGAUGAAGUCAGCUUGUUCUCCAUGCUCAAAAAGAACGUCGGCAAAGAUCUCAGCACCGUCUCAUUCCCCGUCUCCUUCAACUGUCCACUGAGCUUGCUCCAAGCAGCGGCGGAGGAGUACGAAUAUGCGCCUGCACUCCUUGAGCGCGCUUCGAAGACUCAGGAUUGGGUGGAGCGGAUCUGCUUGGUUGGUGCAUUCGCUGUCAGCGGGUAUGCUGCGUCGAAGCUGAGGGCGAGCCGGAAGCCAUGGAACCCACUGCUCGGCGAGACGUUCGAAUGCGUUAGAGAAGAUCAGCACCUGCGUUUUGUUGCCGAAAAGGUGGUGCAUCAGCCGCCAGUGGUCGCUACAUACGCGGAGGGCAAGGGCUGGCGCUGCCAUGGUUGGAGUGCUGUCAAGAACAAAUUCUGGGGCAAAUCGCUUGAGCUCAUACCAGAGGGCAGCCUGAGACUCGAGCUUGACGAUGGCGAUGCUUUCAGCUUCAGCAAGCCAAGCAGCUUCAUGCGCAACCUGCUAGCCGGCAACAAGUACCUGGAACACGUAGGCGAAUUGACCGUCACCAAUGAGAACACUGGUCAGCGUUUGGUUCUGGAGUUCAAAGAGGGCAACAUGUGGGGCUCAAACUCUAGCCGGAACUUGGUCCACGGCGAAGUGUAUGACGAGAAGGGCAAGUCGGUUUCUUCUCUUCGCGGCAAGUGGAGUGACAAUCUGGCCAUUCAGAAGGAUAAGGAGAAUUAUCAGUUGCUUUGGGAAGCCGCGGAGAUGCCGCCAGAUGCAGAAAAGUACUAUGGGUUCACUUACUUUGCCCUCUCUCUCAACGAGAUUACCAAGGACGUGAAGCCUUACUUGGCCCCCACCGAUUCUCGUUUCCGACCCGAUCAGCGCGCCUUCGAAGAGGGCAAGGUCGACGAGGCCGAGGAGCUGAAACAAAAGGUCGAGCAAGCACAACGAGAGAGGAGAAAGGCUGGCAAGAGCUACGAGCCCAGAUGGUUCCACAAAGAAGACGACGAUCCGGAGUGGAAGUACGGAAGCAAGGAUGGCAAGACUUACUUCAAGAGUCGUGCCAAGGCUGCUGGCGACUCGUCGGCAGACAAGGAAGAAGGCAAGGCCGCGGGCGAUGGCAAGAAUGUGUGGUCUGAUUGUCCAAACCUCUUCGAACCCUGAGUGCGGAUCCGUGCCGAGCCCGCGGCACCUCUGUCAGGUCUCUCUUCGACUUUGUUAGCCUAAUCUGCACAAUCUUCACAAGCUGUCUCCUUCUCAUGCUCAGAAGCUACCGGAUUCGUAGCUGAAUGAACAUUCUAUUCUGCUUUCUUCCCGACGCCGCGCACUUUGGUGGGAAAGCUGCGACGUGUGUUCUCACUUGUAGGAUUCUUUGUUCCACAGAGCGGUGCGAAAUUGGCGCUUUGGGCGGAUCAGACGGGACAGAUCUCGGUGAGACUGUGGGUUGCACUCCCGUUAGACAAAUGGCACACAUCUUUAGG